GAGAUGCAUUGAAGGAAUAUGCUUUUUGAAAUGUAGGAAUUAGAGAGGGUGGAGCUCAGAGUCUGCAUGAAUUAAACCUGUCACGCAGCACACAGUAUUUAACAGUGAGUGACGAGCUGUGGGCAUGCCUGUUGGCCAGCACACCAUAGCUCUUUCUGAUCAAGUGUCACCUUUCCCAUCUAUCCUGCCAAUCACAGAGACUGCAAUGCUUAAGAAGGAAACCUCUUCCUGGUAUCUUCUUUCUGUAAGAAUAAUUCAGGCCGGACACAUUCCCUGCAAAGACCUAUUGAGCCAUUCUGAUUGCUAUGUUAGCCUGUGGUUGCCUACAGCCUCACAUGAAAAGGUCAGGACCAAAACCAUCUCAGACAACAGUAACCCUCUCUGGAAUGAAAGCUUCCAUUUUAGGAUCCAGACUCAAGUCAAGAACAUUCUGGAGUUGGAGCUCUAUGAUGAAGAUGUAGUUACUAAGGAUGAUCUCUUUACUGUAGCCUAUGAUGUAGCUAAAGUCAAACCUGGAGAAACAGUUCAUGAGCAACUCACUUUCAAUUCAGAGGGAAAGGAGGUUUUGGAAGUGGAAUUCAUGAUGGGAGGCAUCCCCAGUCCUCCUGAGAAACUCAUUACUAAUGGCGUCCUGGGGGCCCGGGAAAUGUCAUGUUUGGAGGUUCAGAUGACCAAAGGGGAAAAUGAGGCACAUUUAAAAAGAGGUGAAAGUGUUAUGCUUAUGGUGAAGGAAUCCUAUGAAGAAAUGCAAAGAAUCACUGAGGACUCAGACAUCCUGUGCUUGCAUUGCAUAAAAGGUUGGGAGCCAACAUUAAAAGCCACACUAGAGAGUGGUGCAGCUGAAACAAAAAUGCAAAGAGAUGCUUCCAGUGGCUCCCUGGAAGUACCACUUAAUUCAUUCUCUGUCGGACAGAAAACGAAAGUAGCACUGCCUUUGGAAAAGCCUGCACAUUUGGAGUUACAGCUGAAGGCCAAUGAGUGCCUGGAAGGCCUAGAUGUGCGCCUGGGGUUUGAUCUGUGUGUGGAGGAGCAGGAUUUCCUGAGGAAAAGGAAGAAAGUAGUUGCUGAAGCACUGAAGAAGUGUCUUUAUCUGGAACAGGAUCUGCAAGAGCACGAGGUUCCACUAAUAGCUAUUAUGGCAGCAGGUGGAGGCUAUAGGGCAAUGUCAUCACUAUAUGGCCAUCUUCUAGGUUUCCAGAAGAUGAAUUUGCUGGACUGUGUUACAUAUCUUACUGGAACUUCUGGUUCAACUUGGGCUAUCAGUAACUUGUAUGAAGAUGCUAAUUGGUCACACAAGGAUCUGGUGGGUCCGAUCAGCAAAGCUCAAAAGCAUAUCACCAAAAGCAAGGCAAGCGCUUCUUCCUGGAAGAAUCUGAAGCGUUGCAUCAAGGAGCUGAGACAGAGGGCCCAAGAAGGACACCUCAUUUCUUUCACAGACAUGUGGGCUCUUGUACUUGAACAUAUGUUGCAUGGUGAACUAAAUAACAGCACACUCUCCAAUCAGCGCCAGGCUGUGAAUCAGGGGCAAAACCCUUUGCCUUUCUAUCUGGCCCUCAAUGUCAAAAAGGACACGCAGAGCAGUUUUGCAUUUAAAGAAUGGUGUGAAUUUUCUCCUUUUGAGGUGGGAUUUCUGAAAUAUGGAGCUUUCAUUCGCUCAGAAGAUUUUGGUAGUCAUUUCUUCAUGGGACGCCUGAUGAACAGGAUUCCAGAAUCAAGGAUCUGCUACUUGGAAGCAGUGUGGAGUAACAUCUUUUCUGCGAAUCUGCUGGAUGUCUGGAAUGUUGUCACCAGCUUGUACCCAGAAUGGAAGGAAGAGGAUGAGAAAAACAGGAGUCUGUCUACACAACCUUUCUCGGCUCAGAAGACUUUUUGUUUCAGCCCACCUGAUGAGAUCUCACACAUUGUCAAUAAGAUUUUGACCAGUCGCCCAGCAGAAGAACGGACCCCUAACUUCUUGAAAGGUCUCCAGUUCCACAAAGACUAUGACCAGCAUGAGGAAUUUUCUACAUAUAUGAUUUCAGGUGGCAUAAACUUUCCAAAAGAGUUGUGGUUUUUCUUUGUUAGGGUUAGGAGCUGUUGGCAUAUACAUGAUUUCAUUAAUACCAGUUGCCCACCACUGCUGAGGAAGGGAAGAAGAGUAGAUGUUAUCCUGUACUUCGGUUACAGCCUAUUGAAGACAUGUUUUGAUUCCGUAGAAGAGACAGGGCAGUACUGUGUGGAACAAGGACUACCCUUCCCUGAAAUCAUACUGACUGAAGAAGACAAGAAGAAUCCAAAGGAGUGCUAUGUGUUUGUGGAUGAUGAGAAUCCAGAGGUUCCCAUUGUCCUUUUCUUCCCACUGGUGAACAACACUUUUAAAGAGUACAAGGCACCUGGAGUGAAACGCAGCCCGGCAGAGAUGGAAAAAGGUGAUAUAGAUUUUGUCAGCUCCACGUCACCUUAUAAACUGGAAAAUCUGACCUAGAGCAAGGAUGACUUUGACAAACUGCUAAUGGUCACUGAGUACAAUGUCCAAAAUAACAAAGACUUGAUGCUGCAAGCUUUUCACAAAGCUGUAGAAAGGAGAAAACAUCAACAGAGUUAAUUCACCUUGGUGGAAUUACUGGAUUAAUAUCAAUUUUCACUCUGGCCUCUGUGUGAAUCUUGGUAAUGCUUAAAGAUAUGGCUUCUGCAGUAAUGCCAGUAAUGAACCAGUAGACUGAGGACAUACACUAAUGUAUGCAUAGCAGAAGUAGGCAGGCCACAGGCCUAAAUACAGCUUAAGUAGGUGACAGCAAGUGUCCGUAAAUCAGAUAAUUUAUCCAUAAGUGAUUAACAAAUAUCUGUCAGUUGACUUGUAUAAAGUAAAAAACCAUAAACAUGGAUCAUUAAUGUUCUAGGGCAGGGCUGUCCAACUGAUGGUUCACGAGCUCAUGGCCUGUGGGCUCCUGUCACUUUUUCUUCCCCCCAGCAAUUGCCGCCUCCCUAAGUCACCUGCUCCUACUGCUGCUGUUGUCACCACCUUCCUUCUAGGCUGCUACUUCCUGCUGUUGCCUCUGUGCAUGGUGCAGCCUGUAGCCACUUAGAACUUGGAUGGCCCUGUCCUGUAGUUUCAGACAAUACAUAUAUAGUCGCAAUGCAUAAUACAUUGUAAUUGAAUGAAUUAAAUGCUAAUGAUUAAGUAAGAUGGAUCACUAACCUGUCAGAAUUAGAGACCCCAAAAGAAAUAGACUGUGAAAUCUAACGCAACAGGGAAAUUUUCCCAGUAUAAUUAUUCAUAAGCCAAAUAGAUGUUAUGAUAAUUCAGUGUCAGUAAUGCUCCAUGAAAUAGUGCCACGGGGAGAGAAGUAAAACAGUAUCAUGGCCUUCUGUUAGUCUGUGAAACACCAACCUCCUCCAGGCCUCCUCACAUUGGAUUCUAUAUGUAAUGGAAAUGCUAGUUGGUUCUAUUCUGCUUCUCUCUCCCUUGCUUAAUUACAGUUGUCAUGCUUUAUUUGGGCUUGUUAAUAAAUGUGUGAUCUCACUUGUGCAACUCAAUAUGCCCUACCUAAUGACAACAUACUUACUGAAGCAGCUAAUCUGGAGUGCUGAUCACUACAUGCUAAUCUCUAGUUAAUGGAAACCUAAUUGGUACAAGUAAUUCAAAUCAGGGGUUAGUUACAAAGUACAAGGGCCUACAUUUUCCGCCAGCACCCAGAUGACAGGGGCCACUGUGAUUUGUCCAGCUUUGAACAAUCUAAUAGAAUAUUUUUUGGUCGCUGUUUAUAUUACAAACAUUGCUUUCCUAUUUAAUAUAUUCUAAUUUUAAAAUUUAUUUUAUUAAAAGAGGAUCAUUUUACA